AUGGGUCUCGCCACAAAAGUAGACAGAGGAGGUCGCAAGCAGCGCAAAGAACGAAAGAACCGACAAAAGAAGGUGCGCGGUAUCAAGAAGGCUACUGUCUCUGCUGGAAAGAAGUAA